CGGGUGUUUGCGAGUCGUUCCCCUUGUCACAACUUCCGGUUAAAAUCAAAACAAGUUACAAAGUAUUUUAGUUAAUUAAGUUUUUCUUAUUAUCACUCUGUCACAAUUCGUGAUUAUAAUGUUUUUUUAUUUCAAUAAUGUUAUAUUUUGCUGUAUGUGAAUAGAGCAGAUUGAAUAAGUCAUUAUGAAGGGGAGGGGAAAAAGUCUACAAGACAAAGAAUGUCCACUCAUGUACCCGGAGCUGGAAUCAGUAGACCAUGUAAAGCAGUGUCCUAGAUUUACAUCAGUUCUUUCUCGAAGUGAGGCUGAAACAGUAGUGUUAGAAGAACUUGAUGGAAUACAGGUUGACUUAGAGACUCUUCUUAACUCAGCUGGUAAACGAUUAAAAGUGCUGGAAAAUGAAAUACAAAUCCUGCAGAACUGGCAAGAAAGGACUGGUGAAGUCAAACCUGUAUCCAAAGGGAAAGGAGGAAAGCAACCUGAGACUCCCAGUAAGCGUGGCAAGGCAACUGAGGAUAAGCCCAGCAAGAAGUUCAAGGAUGCUGUAGGGAGACCAGUUAUUCCUGUUGCUUCCAAGCUGAAGAGCAAAAUGGGACAGAUCAAGGCACCAGAGUUUGACAGAGUGGACUCGCCACCUCUCGAAUUGGCCAAGCUUCCGAAGAACAAUGCUGUGAACAAAUUCUGGGCAUCAGUAGAGCCGUACUGCGCGGACAUCACACCAGACAACAUGCAGUUCCUGGAAGAUCUGAUGCGCUCACAUGAGGACGACGUGGAAUACCUCAAAGUGCCGCCUCUAGGUAUGCACUACACUGAGAAGUGGGCGGAGGAGGAUCUGCUGGAGGAACAAAGACAAGGAUCUAAAAUCUCUGACAAGCGUCAUGGAAGCAAUGGUCUGACCUUAGAAACAAACGGUGCCUCUGGACUCCUGAAAUCAACUGAAUCCAGUCUCAAUGAGGAAUCUCCUUUUGGUCCGCUGACCCAGAGGCUGGUUUCUGCCCUGAUAGAGGACAACAUCAUGGCCCCCAUGGAUGAUGAGAUGGAGGGGGACUACAAUGAUAGCGAAACUCUGAACGAGUCUGCAGCUAUCUCUCCUAAGGAACUUGCCAAACAACUGAACCUUGGAAACCCUGCACACUUGGAGAAGCGCAUCAAGAGAGAACUAGAAGAACAAGGCAUUCUUGAAUUUGAUGAUGAAGACGAAGACGAUGAAAAUGAUGAGAUUCUGAGAGAGCUGCGCGCCAAGCAGGCUGAGCUGAAAGAGAUCUGUGCCCUCAACACCAUGGCAACCAAGCAGCUGUACAAACUGGCCAAGGACAGGAUGGAGCAGCAGGAGCUGAAGAGAAAACUGGCCACAUCAGACUCAGAGGUCAUGGAAGCCUACAGAAAAAUCCAGCUGUCAAAGCAGAAAAAGAAGACGCCAACAAAGAAAGAGAGAGAGACAGUUCUGAAAGUGUUGAAAGACCGCGAACAGAUUGUGAAGGCCCUUGAUAUUUGACAUGCUUUUACAGAUGACUUUUAGCAAUAUAAGCUUGCAUUUAUCAAGCAUUGCUCUAUAAACAUGUGUAUUAAUUUUAAUUAUUGGCAGCUUAGGAAAGGAAAGAGUUUGUGUGCUUGUAAAUGCAGCUUACAGGUGCCAAUUUUUAUAGACCCCAGUGUUUUUCUAUGUACAAUUGUGUAGUUUUGGUGCAAUUGUAGGAUUCAUGUUUAGGUGCAUUGGAUAGGGAUAUGUGCAGUACUUCCAUCAUUAAGUGGGCAUGAUAUGGAAGUGUUUAUGUUCUAACAAAGACUUUGAAGACCUCAGGUUGCCCAUCUAUUGAUAUUGAGAUACAAAGCACAAAGACAAGACACUUAUGGAUUAAGAAACAUUUGUGUCAGUCCAUAUGUUAUUGGUCAAAAAAUGGGUUAAGUACAGCAUAAUCAGAAACAUGUGUAUGCAGAUUGUGAUGGUGUACAUUAUCAUCAGGAAUGUGUGCAUGUAGAUUGUGAUGGUGUACAUUAUCAUCAGGAACAUGUGUAUGCAGAUUGUUAUGGUGUACAUUAUCAUCAGGAAUAUGUGCAUGUAGAUUGUGAUGGCGUACAUUAUCAUCAGGAACAUGUGCAUGUAGAUUGUGAUGGCAUACAUUAUCACCAGGAACAUGUGCAUGUAGAUUGUGAUGGCGUACAUUAUCAUCAGGAAUAUGUGCAUGUAGAUUGUGAUGGCGUACAUUAUCAUCAGGAAUAUGUGCAUGUAGAUUGUGAUGGCGUACAUUAUCAUCAGGAAUAUGUGCAUGUAGGUUGUGAUGGCGUACAUUAUCAUCAGGAAUAUGUGCAUGUAGAUUGUGAUGGCAUACAUUAUCACCAGGAACAUGUGCAUGUAGGUUGUGAUGGCGUACAAUAUCAUCUUGAACAUGUGCAUGCAGAUUGUGAUGGUGUUCAUUAUCAUCAGGAACAUGUGCAUGCAGAUUGUGAUGGCGUACAUUAUCAUCAGGAAUAUGUGCAUGUAGAUUGUGAUGGCGUACAUUAUCACCAGGAACAUGUGCAUGUAAGUUGUGAUGGCGUACAAUAUCAUCUUGAACAUGUGCAUGCAGAUUGUGAUGGUGUUCAUUAUCAUCAGGAAUAUGUGCAUGUAGAUUGUUAUGGUGUACAUUAUCAUCAGGAAUAUGUGCAUGUAGAUUGUGAUGGCGUACAUUAUCACCAGGAACAUGUGCAUGUAGGUUGUGAUGGCGUACAAUAUCAUAUUGAACAUGUGCAUGCAAAUUGUGAUGGUGUUCAUUAUCAUCAGGAAUAUGUGCAUGUAGAUUGUGAUGGUGUACAUUAUCAUCAGGAAUAUGUGCAUGUAGAUUGUUAUGGUGUACAUUAUCAUCAGGAAUAUGUGCAUGUAGAUUGUUAUGGUGUACAUUAUCAUCAGGAAUAUGUGCAUGUAGAUUGUUAUGGUUUACAUCAUCAUCAGGAACAUGUGCAUGUAGAUUGUUAUGGUGUACAUUAUCAUCAAGAACGUGUGCAUGCAGGUUGUGAUGGUUUAUGUUGUGUAGUGAUUGUCUUGAUGAGAACUGUGUGAAAAGAAGAUUUUUUUUUGCUGUAUUGAAAUAAUACUAAAGACCAUGCAAGUGGAUAAACUUCCUUCAAAAAUAAACACAAAAAAAGUAA